UUGUCUGUUUCUCUCUCUGUAGGUGAUGAAUGGUACCUUUGCUGGCUGACACUGACCCUCCCCAACCUGUCAGAUGUGCAGUGGGCCAUGUUCCCCUACCCCUACCUGGCAGCUGUCGGUCCUGACACUGGUGCUGGCUCUGUGGUCUACAAGCUCUUGGCCCGAAGUGGUGAUAGCUCUUUGGGAACUGCUAACUUCCUUUUAGUUGAUGGUGGAGAAGAUUCAUUUGAAGUGGACAGAGCAACAGGAGAAGUGAAGACCACAGGGCGACCUCUGACCCCCAGUAAGGAGUACACACUGACCGUCCAGGCUGUGGACUCACAGGGCAGGAGGGGUCCGCACGCCUCUGUCUUCAUACUAGCUGGCUUCCGGCCCCCUCAGUUCACUAACACCACCUAUACCAUUUACAUCCCAGAGAGCACCGGCGUGGGCCAAGCGGUAGCGGUGGUCCAGGCUGUCUCUUUCCAGAGGAAGACUCUGUCUUAUAUGCUGCUGGUGAACCCAAGCAACCUGUUUAGCAUAAACCAAGAGAGUGGUGCACUCAGCCUGACACGCACUGUGGACUUUGAGAGUGGACAACAUCUCCAUCACCUGCAAGUCCGAGUUUCCGAACCAGGUACAGGACUGAGCAACAUGGCAGAGGUGCUGGUUCACAUCAUAGAUGAGAAUGACUGCACACCAGAAUUUAUGCACUCCAUUUACAGUCGAGACAAUGUCCCUGAGACCACCCCUACUGGCACAUCCUUACUGCAGGUUCUGGCAAGGGACUGUGAUACGGGGCUGAAUGCAGAACUUUCCUACUUCAUUCAAAGCGUGAACUUUGACAUCUCAUCUCAGGGAGUGGUGAGCCCCAGGCAGAGGCUGGACUAUGAGAGACCCAACCACAUGUAUGAGUGCACGGUGGUGGCCGUGGACAAGGGAACGCCCCCUCGUACAGGCACAGCCUCCAUCCGAAUCCGCAUGGCCAACGUCAACGAUGAAGCUCCUGUCUUUUCACAAACAAUAUAUAAAACCUUUCUUUCAGAAGACGCCGGCCCGGAGACUCUAGUGGCCAUUGUGCAUGCCAAAGACCCAGACGGGGAUGGCGUAACGUAUGCCAUCACUGGGGGUAACGAAAACAGCAAUUUUGAGCUGGACAACCAGAAGGGCAUCAUCAAACUGCGGCGUAGUCCUCCUCCAAAACUGCGCGGGCCUCAAUAUGUCCUUAACAUCACGGCGACUGAUGACAAUGCAGCCGGGGGGCCACUCCCCCUUAGCAGCUCCGCACAGGUCAUCGUUGGCAUCAAUGACAUCAACAACAACAAGCCAGUAUUUGAUGAGUGCCACAACUACAGCGUGAAUGCACUGGUCCUGGAGAAUCAGCCCUCAGGCACUUUUGUCCUGCGCGUGCAGGCUCAUGACGCCGACACUGGGGUCAAUGGGGAGGUCAAGUAUGGGAUAAUGCAGAGGGACGGGGCCUCACCAGGGUUCACUAUCAACCCUGACACAGGUUUGAUCAGUACGGUGGUAAGUUUUGAUCGAGAGAGACAGCGAGAGUAUACACUCUCGGUCACAGCUACAGACCAAGCAAAGGAGCCCCUUAUCGGCAUCUGUCAGAUCACUGUCCUUAUCGCUGACCAGAACGACAACGACCCAAAGUUUGAGAACAGCCGUUAUCAAUACUUCCUGCGAGAGGACACACCAGUUGGGACAAGCUUCCUGAGGGCAGCAGCUCAUGAUGAUGACCAGGGCACCAACGCAGCCAUUACCUACUCUCUAUCCCAGCAGACCCCAGCCUACUUUCAUAUCAACCCCAGCACAGGAUGGAUCUACGUCAACCAUCCUAUCUCACAGACAUCACGGAUCAGCCAGCAGAUAAUCGCUACAGACGGAGGGAGUCAGAACAGCUCGGUCGACCUCACUGUCAUCAUCACCAAUGUGCACAACCAGCCCCCGCAGUGGGAACAGGCGGAAUAUUGGGUCACGAUCCCAGAGAACACACCGCGCGACACCAAAAUAGUGACCAUCAAGGCGACUUCCCCUCUUGGUGACCCCAGGGUGACUUACAACCUGGAGGAAGGUCAGGUUCCUGAGACCAACAUGCCCGUGCGCUUUUACAUCAAGCCUAACCGGAGGGAUGGUUCUGCGUCUAUUCUGGUGGCAGAGAAUCCAGACUAUGAGACCACGCGUUUCUUUAUGCUCCGAGUGUGUGUACAGAAUGUGGCGGCUGUACCACUAGCUUCCUUCACCACGGUCUAUGUCAACAUCACAGAUGUAAACGACAAUGUUCCCUUUUUCAUGUCAUCCACGUAUGAGGCGACGGUCCCAGAGGGUGCGGAGAUUGGCACAUCAGUUGCACAGGUCUCAGCAACUGACCUGGACUCUGGUCUCCAUGGAAUGAUUAACUACAUCAUUCUGAAGGAUCAAAGUGGGGACUCACAGUUCUUCAGCAUUAAUUCCUACACGGGCAUCAUCCACACCCGGGCCACCUUCGACCGUGAGCAGAAAGGCUCCUACUUGAUCGAGGUCCAGUCUCAGGACAGCUCAGAGUCGGGCCGACCCGGUCAGCAGGGUCAACCCAACACAGACACAGCCUACGUGAGGGUUUUUGUCACAGAUGUAAAUGACAAUGCUCCAGCCUUCUCUCAGCCUGUAUAUGAGAUCAGUGUGGAGGAAGACAAAGAAGUGGGCUUUGUGGUCAUUACAGUUACAGCUAACGAUGAAGAUGAAG